CAUGCUAUCGCUCCCGCUCCCGCCUGCUAUCUCCGGCACCGCGCGGCAUCCCGUCCCAUAAAAAUAGACUCGACGCCGUCCGUCACGAUUCAGGCUGACGCAGAGUGCGCCCCUCAUGCAGGCCUCAGCUUCGACGUCGACCAGGCCUGCCGAGGAUCUGAGAGCAGAGAAUUCAUCCGGUCCUGUGAAACCACCUGUCGUGCAACCAGGCAUCGGCAAUAAUGUUCUUGUCAAUCCAUGCCAGAGAGGCAACCCGGUGCUGGAGUGCAUCAAAAAUGUUGGCAAAGAAUUCGGCGAUGUCGUAUGCGACUACCAGGUUGGACGAACGACAGGUGUGCUGUACUUGAGCUUGAGAUAUCACAGGCUCCAUCCGGAGUAUAUACACCAGCGGAUAGAACGUUUCGGGACCGCCUUUAAUCUGAGGAUACUUCUCAUCCUCUGUGAUGUUAGCGAGCAUCAGGACUCGAUACGAGAAUUGACAAAGACGUGCUUAAUCAACAAUAUAACCGUUGUAGUUGCUUGGACGCUAGAGGAGGCUGGUUUUUACCUCUCGACCUUCAAGCAGUUUGAGCACAAGCCUCCGACACUCAUCAAAGAGCGCGUUGACAAAGAUUACAACUCGAUGAUGCGAACAGCGCUCACGAGCAUCAACAAAGUGAAUAAGACCGACAUCGAGAUUUUACGGACCUCUAUUGGGGUAUGUUCUACAUACCAUCGUUCUCUUGGACAUCCCAGCCUCAGACCUCCAAAGAGUUUUGCCGACAUUGCGAGCGCAUCGUCUGAGCGGCUACUGCAGCUGCCAGGCUUCGGCCAGGUCAAGGUGAAACGUAUCAAAGAUGCAUUCGAGAGGCCCUUCCGGGGCAGCACGUCGAGUGUUUUGCCAUUUGCCUCACAGAAGCAGCCGGACGGCCCCGGUUCUUUCGUUGAUCAGCGCCUUGCUGCGAAAUAUAAGGGCAAGCAACGGGCGGAUAAUAACACAGUGGCCCGCCCACCUCGAGAACCGAGUCCCGUAUGGGAUCUCGAGCUCGAUCUAAACACGCCCCCGCUAGACGAGCAGCACCCACCUCCGCUGUCUCAGUCACAGAACAUUGAGAGCGAGAAUCCGUCGCGAAAGCGUCCUCCGAGCCCCGUCUGGGACAUCGAACUGGACCUGAAUCCGUCCGACGUCGAAGAGCUGGAGACAGCACGCAAGCGGCACAAGGGCGAGCAUCCUGAGAACGACGAGAGUGGCAACGAUUUUGGGGCGACAGAUCUGCUAAUUUGAUGUACAGUAACCUACUUACUAACUAAUGUAUAGUGUAGAGUGGUCCAGGUGUGCUACAACAAGUUUAUUAUAGUCCAAAUAGCCAUACAUCUGUAAGCUGAUACAGGAGGCAGAAGGGAGAAAUGAAGAACAGCAGGGGGAUCGGAGGACGUGCGACCUAAGUUUCUAAGCGGUCGGUUUGCGGAAGUAGGCUCGCAGCCCUGCAGGACGCGCAGAGCGGGACCACUUCAGCGCCGCCUCCCGCGUGUAGUAGAUGCGGAAGGACAGCUGCUGCAGAGCCGCCUUCACACGCGACCUAUCCAGGUGUGCCGCGCGUGUAUCCACUGCAAGCAAAAUG